AUGACAGAUAGACUAACACAACUACAGAUCUGUUUAGAUCAAAUGACUGAACAAUUCUGUGCUACCUUAAACUACAUAGAUAAGAAUCAUGGUUUUGAACGAUUGACCGCGAAUGAACCACAGAUGUCCGAUAAGCAUGCUACAGUAGUUCCUCCAGAAGAAUUUUCCAACACAGUGGAUGAGUUAUCUACGGACAUAAUACUCAAGACAAGGCAGAUAAAUAAGCUCAUUGACUCGUUACCUGGUGUUGACGUUUCAGCUGAAGAGCAAUUGAGCAAGAUUGAUAUGUUACAGAAAAAAUUAGUUGAAGUGGAAGACGAGAAAAUUGAGGCCAUUAAGAAGAAAGAGAAACUUUUAAGGAACGUUGACUCUUUGAUUGAAGACUUUGUAGACGGCAUUGCAAAUUCAAAGAAGAGCACAUAA